AUGCAUGUUGUUCCAAUUCCUUUAGAUUUGGAAAGAAAAUCUAAUGUGUGUCUGAGAAAAGCUGGAAUUCUGCGUGCUGUCAAUUCAAAGAAAACACAUAUGGCCACGAUCGCGGGAUUCCUAACCCAGAAGUAUAACUUGGAUGAUAAUUCCUCUGACAUGGAUGUACGGAAACUUAAAAAUGCUCAAAUUGAAUGGUUAUUGACGAAAAUUAACAGUAAAUCUCUUCAUUCUAUGUUAUUCAAAUGUUUAAAAGACUUGAAUGUUGAUACUGCAUCAUCGUCGGGCUGGCUUGCAAAAGGGAAUAAUAGUCCAAGAGCCGAAGCAUUGUAUUGCCUUUUACAGGACCGAAACUUGUUCUUUGAGGAAAAAGGAUCAAAUUGCAGUCAUUGUAAAUCUGCUAAAAAAACAGUCGAUCAUUUGGCAACGAGAUGCAAUAGAAUGUUAAAUAGUGAUUAUAUACGCCGUCACAAUGAGGUGGUGAGAUGUCUCCAUUUAAAUCUGUGUCGUAAAUAUGGAAUCACAUAUUCAAAGAAACUGAAGACUCACUCAGUCCAAUCAAUAGUAACAACUGAGAAUGUUGAGAUCAGAGUCGAUACGACGCUGAUGACAGACAUCAAAGUACAACAUAACAAGCCGGACAUAUUUGUUUUCGAUAAAAGAACAAGGGAGAUUACUUUAGUAGAGGUCGGAAUCACUUCUCAGGAGAUGCUGAAGGGGGUUGAGGUUGAAAAACUUCAUAAAUACGACCUCCUCGCUGGAGAGUUGUCCCAAAUAUACAAAGCGAAAGUUAAAAUUGUCCCUAUUGUUAUGACUUGGGAGGGAAUUGUGAGUAAAUUCUACAAAUCAUAUAUGGAUUUUUUAGGUGUGGAUACUAUUCCGAGGGCAUAUAUUCAAUCUAUUGUACUAAAGAAAACUCUUGAAAGCAUGUUAGUGGAGCACCGACAUGGGAUGAACUUUCAAGAGAGUGAUGUUAGUGAAGUCAUUCAUUUUCUACAACGAAAAUCUCUACAGCAAUUUGAGGACGACGAAAUCGUGCCCAUGGAACAACAAUCCUGGAGUGAGGAUCAGAUUGGUGAUGGUCGACAAGAGAUUGCAGUUAGAGAGCUAAGGAAUGGCUCAAAAAGAAAAAGAAUGAAUUAA